ACAUGCUCUCUCGCAGAGUGGAUCGUGCGAUAGUUCAACUGAUUUUCGUACUAACAUGCAUACUUGUGAAACCAGUGCUUCUCUAUGUGCUACCGAAUCCGAUUUUCGAGGUGUUAAAGCCGCAAGGUCUUCGAGUCUCUAUACCUGAUGCACCGGGUUUAAGAAUAUUUGGAUUCCACGCCAACAUCAAUAAAGCAAUUCGCACUAAUGAAUACGGUCAAAUCGCUGGUGAUACCUAUUUGGCAACAGAUGACCGCUGGACUUUUGAGGAUUCGGAUGUGACUAUAAAAAAUGGAGAUGUACUUCAUUAUUGGAUUUAUGUGCAAGCGAAUGGAAUUAAUCACAAGAAGAAUAACCAAAGAUGGACGUAUUCCCAAAAUGAAGUUGAUAGUCAAGAAACUACACAGACGAAUUCUUCAAAAUACGAAAUUCCAACCGAGGGCCGAUUACUACUUGAAGACUAUUUUAAUUUUUUCAACGAAUCAUUAUGGAAACGCGAGAUAAAGAUGCCAUUAGAUCCGGACAACGAAUUUUGCGUAUAUCACAAUCAAAAUCAUAAGCAACUUGUGCAAGUUCAUGAUGGUCAAUUAUUCAUAAGACCAAUUAUACUGGAAGACUAUUAUGGCGAGAAUGCGACCGCAUACGGAAGAUUACAACUUAAUGAAUGUACAAGCUUGGUUGCUUUCGAAUGUACGCGACAGGCGUUAUCCUAUAGCAUUUUGCCACCCGUUAUAUCCGCACGUUUUACCACGAAAGAACGUUUCGUUUUGCAAUAUGGAAAGAUCGAAAUACGCGCGAAGUUUCCUGAGGGCGAUUGGUUGUAUCCAGAAAUGUGGCUUGAGCCACGUUAUUCUACUUACGGUAUGAACUACGCGAGUGGCCGUGUUCUUUUGGGUUUAACACGCGGCAAUGAGAAUUUGGUGAAUGCCACGGACGUUUCGAAGAUCUAUGAUACUAGACGAUUGGAUUUUGGCGUGAGAGUAAGUCCAUCUCUUAAUGAAAUCCAAGAGAUACUCGUCACAAAAGUAAACGAAUUCGGACCACGAUGGACGAAGGAUUUCCAUGUGUACACGACGAUCUGGACCAGUAAUGGUUUCACAUUUUUGGUCGACGGCGAAGAAGUUGGCCGAAUAAGCCCAAAUGAAGAGAGAUGGACGAGUAAUCCUCACGCAGACAGAAAAGCUGCCCCGUUCGAUCAAGAGUUCUUUAUCACUCUUGGUGUCGGUGUGGGUGGAGUACGUGUGUUUCCGGAUGGUACACACAGUUCCGGAAUGCGAAAACCGUGGAGAAAUAUAGACGCUAAGAUAAUGACUUUAAAAAAAGUGACUGUUAUUUUAAUCAUCUUCGUUUGGGCCACUGAUUCUCUGGCGAUUUAUUAUCCUCGUUCAAAACGAUCAAGUAAUGAAUAUAUAUUGCACAGAUGUACAGCUACUGCGGAAUUAAUUAGAAAGCAUAGGAAUGAGGAUGUUGGAGCCAGUUUACGCAGAGCUGAAGGAAACUUGGCACAAUCGCAAAUGCAACAAAAAGGUUCUCUGAUUGACGCUAUUCAAUCCGAAACUUCCAAGCAAAUUUCGAACGGUGUUUUUCGACGUAUGACUCAUAUGAGAAGACGCGGUAGUGGGCACGCACGUCGAAUCGCAGGCAAACAUUUAGCAGAUACACCUCUUAAAACCGUAAACAUCAAUGUACCACAAGACAGACCAUCAGCCUUUAAGAAGAAGAAUCCAUUACCGGAACUCUCGCGCAAUAUAUCGAGCAGAAACAUCGAUUCGUCGCCACAUGUAAUAAUUAUCAAAUCUCUCACUUAAUAUUUUUCCAAUGACAAUUUCAAUUUUAAUAAAUUUUCAAUUUAUACUGCCGCAGAUUUUAAUUUUAUUGCAAUUAGUGUAUAACUGCGUAAUACAUAAUAUUUGUAAUAAUACUAAAGAAAAGCAUAUCAUUUUUUUGGAACAAUUUACCAAUCUUAUCUUUCUACAAAUAUUAAUAUUAAUAAAUAUUAUUGUUUAUAACUGCGGCCUUUUAAAAUAAGAUUAUUUUUAUCGUAUAAUUAAAUUUUCAAUUAAAAUAAGUAUAAAGUUAAAUAAAUAAACUUGAAAUGUA